UGAAAACUUCACUCGCUCCCAACUCCGCACCGAGACUCGCCGUGUCUGCUUCUGGCAACUCUACCUCAUGUGCGACGGAGUAGAUUUAUCGAGGAAACCGAGAAGGUGAACAGAACUUUUCCCUAAAAGUCCGCGGCGCGAGUUUUUGCGAAGAGGAACGCAGGAAAGACCGCGAAGCCCCCGAGUGUCUGUGGGCUGGAGCGGGAUCGCUACUCGUUCAGCAGACCAACUGAGAGCACAAGGAUGAAUCGGAGUUUUCACAAGUCCCAACCUCUGCGGAAUCCCGACUCUAACGCGGUGGAGGUGAAGAGCAAGUAUGGGGCAGAGUUUCGCCGUUUCUCUGUGGACCGGGUGAAGCCCGGAAAGUUUGAAGAGUUUUACAAACUCAUCCUGCAUAUCCACCGCAUCGCCAACAUGGAGGUGAUGAUCGGCUACGCGGACGUCCACGGGGACCUCCUGCCCAUCAACAAUGACGACAACUUCUGUAAGGCAGUGUCGACUGCUCACCCGCUGCUUAGGAUUUUCAUUCAGCGACAAGAAGAGGUGGACUACACCAACUUUGGGGUCAACACCAUCACACGUAAGAAGAAAGCUGUGGUCGCGCUGCGCAACAACGACAUCAACCGGAAGCGGCCACACAUCCGCAUCGGUAUGCCGCAGGACUUCCGACCCGUCUCGUCCAUCAUCGACGUGGACAUCCUUCCCGAGUCACAUCGCCGCGUCCGACUCUACCGCCACGGUUCGGACAAGCCUCUAGGCUUCUACAUCAGAGACGGAACCAGCGUGCGGGUCACGCCACACGGGCUCGAGAAAGUCCCCGGUAUCUUCAUAUCCCGGCUGGUUCCGGGAGGAUUGGCGGAGAGCACCGGGCUGCUGGCAGUCAACGACGAGGUUCUGGAGGUGAAUGGCAUUGAGGUGACCGGGAAGACGCUUGACCAGGUCACUGAUAUGAUGAUCGCCAACAGUCACAAUCUGAUCGUGACGGUCAAGCCGGUCAACCAGCGGAAUAACGUGGUGCGCAGUAGCAGAAUCUCUGGCAGCUCCGGUCAGUCCUCUGACAGCAGUGGCUCAACUGGUUACCCGACCCUGUCGGUGGCCUCCGCAGCGGCAAUGUCGUCCAGGAUUCACAAUUACCAAGACGAUCUGGAAAGCGACGAGGAUACGGAUAUCGUGAUCGAGAGCAGUCUGAAGCGGCCGUCUCAACGGUCCAACGUUUCCCUGGCAUCCACUUCGUCCCGCUUGCAACCGCAGACUCCAGCUUCAGCGCCCCCUCAGCCUCCCAGCCCUCCUACUCGCCCCAUUUCGGUCGUCUCCACUGCCUCUUUCCACUCCCAGCACAGUCUCAACGGAGGCUCCAACCACCACCAUCAGCACCAGCACAGCAGCCUCAGUUACCAGCUCCACCGAGACCUGAGCCUCCAGCAGCACCUGCACCCCCCGCACCACAGCAGCAACCCGGCUCUCCGUCACAGCAAUGGUAGCCUGCACAAAAUCCUCAGCUCCCUCAAAACAGACCCACGCCACAGUUUUGCGCUGCCCAGGGGCGGCGUGGAAGAGGACGGAACUGUCAUCACACUAUAAUACACACACAGACUCACCCUCACCGCUGCUCACAGACUUUACAACUGGACAAACCCCAAACUAUCCAUCUUUUUAUCACUGUUUUUAAACUGCUUUAUCAUGAUUCAAUGGGACGCUGGCCAAGAGGCACGGACGAACCUUUUUGUAAAUACGUUUUGUACCUUUUCAGUCUUAAUUUGAGAGAUUUGUAUGUUUUAAAGUUUGCAUCCGAACAAAUGUCUAUUUUAGCUAAACCCACUGGAUCUGGUCUGUGUGUCAUCUGUUAAUUUAAUAUUAAAUUAAAGAUUUAAAGACAGACAUUUGUCCAGUAAAUCCAUUAGCAAGUUAUUAGGUGUUUCAAGGAGAAAUUUCAAAUUAUGAAACGAGUUACAAAACGGGCCUCAAUUUUAAUGUAUGAAUCUGAGGUCCGGACCUUGUUUUGGGCUCAAACCUGCUGCUUUUAAAGUGAUGUUAAACUCUGAAGUAUAAAUUUAGGAACUACUCAAAAUAAAGUGUCAUAGCUGAUGCGAGUGACCACAAAAAGAGUGUCAGAGUUUGCCAGCUCUUUGGGGGCAGCAUUUUCCAGUAUCCAAAGUCAAAUUCUGCAUCAUGUCAAAUCUGUUUUUAUUCCAUCAUGAAGAACGGCUUCUGUUUUUACAUGACAAGUUCAUAAGUAAGUAAAAUCAGACCCUUCGAAUGUGGCAGCAGCAGCAUGAUCUGUUUUAGUGACCACUUUUAUCUUUUUACUGGGACCAAUUUGGGGUUUCCUAUCACUGAUAUCAAUGAGAACAUGUAUGUGUCUUCUGUUCUAAUAAAUGCUGUGUAGAAAAUGAUUGAAAAUAGAUUUCAAAUCAUUGUAUCCCUUUCAAUAAAUUA